AUGGACAAAGUUAUAAGGAAAUUUAUAGAUAAAUGGUUCAGGGAUAGACAAAGAUAUAAACCGGACAUAGUAGACGCGGAAAUAUGGAAAAGAAUGGAAAGAAUUCUAAAAUCAAUAAAGAACUACAUGUGGGUUGAAUUGAAGGAUAUACAAGACAUGUGUGAAGAAAGUAUGUAUGAGAGUACCAUAGGGUUCCAUAAAAAUUGGAGCAAACCUUUAUGUAAGGCCUUGAUUAAAUUAAUGCUCUAUAUGAAUGGAUUUAACCAAACCUUGAAACCAAUGGAAAUUAAAGGAAUGACGGAUGAGCAGAAGGAGGAAGAGUUAAUGUUAAGGUGUAUAGUCGGGAAUGUAGCUAUAAUGUCCAUGUUUGAGGGUCACUGUCAAUUAGAAGAUAUGUUAGUGCAUGCUUCAGCAGCUACCGAAUCAUGGUUAAGUGCUUGGGAUAGGAAGAAUAGAAUAGAACAAUGUGGAAGUGUAAACUUUAAACAUCAAAGAAUAGGAACAAAAUUAGUAGGGGAAAAAGUGAAAGAAUGGAUAGAAAAAAACAAAAACGCAUUGGGCGACUAUCAAAGUGUGAAGGGCGAAGAGAGGAACAUAUGCAAUGUCGGUAGCAGUAGAAUGAAGCCAAAGAGUGAGAAGGAUGAACAGGAGAGUAAGGUGAAAAAUGUAACAGGUUACAAUAAAAAGGAGAGGCAGGAAGUGGAGGAAAUAGUUAAAGAAGGGAAGUUCAUAUCCGAAGGUAAUAAAGAAGAAGUGCUGGGGGAAGUGAAAAAGGAAUUUCCAGAAUUAGAGGGAACAAUACAGGAGAAGUUAAAAGAACCAUUACCACCACCAGAGACACCCUGUAACGAAGGUGACCAGUGUGAACGUGUAAAAUGUGUAACAGAGAAAUGGUUCACAAACAGGGAUCAUAAGGAACAAGACAAGACUUGGAGCACAAUUAAGGAUGACGUCGAAACUCAAUGGAAGGACAUCCUUGAUGAAGUAACGAAGAAAAGUACAACUUUCGACAGUCGGUGCAACAAAACCAAUUGGAAUGAUCCUAAAGUAACGGAGUCCGACAGAUGGGCAUGUACUUUUAUAGUUAAGGGGUUAGAAUAUAUUUAUAAAAUUAAAAAAGAGGAGGUAGGAGAUAAUUUGGAACAAAGUCAGAAGGCAAAAAAAGAGAAGGAACAUUCAGAUGACCAACUGUUUAAGCAGACAAUGGCAUGUGUUGCAUUAAAUAUGUUCACACGAAAGUUAAAGGAACAGGCAAAACAGUUCCCGUGCCCCAUAGAGGCAGGCAUAAACCGUGCUUUUAGUGAAGGGCAAAAAAUUAAAAAUGAUGCAUGUGCGAAUAAUAAUUGUGAGCUUUGUGAGAUGAAGGACUAUUCUAAGUGCGAAAUAGCCAAAACAAAGAUAAAAGAAAAAAUAGAGACAAUAUUCGACGAGAAGAAUAAAGAAAUACAAAGAACUCUCACUACCAUAAGAAAUGCAAGUACCUUAUGUGAACGUGCAAAUUGUGUAGCACAUAAUUGGUUUAAAGACAGAGAAGUAGGUGGCAAACAAGACUGGUGUACAUUUUGGAAUAAGGACGUCAAUAGUAGACUGAAUGAAUUGUCUAAAGCUAUGACUGAUAAGACUAAAGAUGAUAGUGAACUGUGCAAAGAGACUGCUAGUGGAAAGAAUAACACAAUGACAGAAACAGAAAAGAAAGCAUGUAAUUACAUUGUUAAAGCAUUAAAAUAUAUAUACGGUCUUCAAAGUUCGGGCAAGGAUGUGAAAGCGAAAAAUAAUAGAUUAACAAGUCAAACCAAAUACUGUCUAUUCCUGAAUACAUAUGCAGAUCUUCUCAUAAAGGAAACAGAGGGGAGAACAUGUCCUAUUACAGAAGACAAAAUAAAAGAAAUGUUUAAAAAGGGAAAUGAAAAGAUGGAUGAAUGGUGUGUGGAUAAUGAGACUAAUAUGAAUAAUAAUUGUGCUACUUGCACAAGGGAACCUGACCUAAAUUGCACACUGAGCGUGGCGGAUAAUCUGUUUGAUAAAGGAAAAAGUUCAAGUUGCCUGACAUACAAUGAGAAUAUAAAAGUGAAGUUGGAUGAACUGCUCAAGGGGAAUGACCAAAUAACAACAACUCUAUCUGAUAUAAAUAAUCUAAAUAACUCCUUAUGCAAUCGCGUAAAUUGCGUGACAAAUAAUUGGUUUAAAGACCGGAAAACUUCAGACACGAGCAAACAAACCUGGUGUGUAUUUUGGGACACGGACGUCAAGGGUAGAUUGGAAAAAUUGUCUACUGCUAUGACCACUGACAACAAGGAUACUGAUAAUCUAUGCGAAGGCACGAAUGGUGGAAGUAAAAUAAAGACAGAAGCCGAAAGAGCGGCGUGCAAGUUCAUUGUGAGGGGAUUAAGGUAUAUUUACAAUGUUCAAAAAGGGGAUGGAAGUAGUGAAAAGGAGAAGAAGAAAGCUGAACAUAACCAACAGUUCGAUCGAACUAUGUACUGCCUCCUACUUAAUGCAUACGCAAAUAAAAUGGAAAAACUAACGGAGGGGCGCACACCUAAAUGUGAUGUAGAAGAAGGCAUAAAUCAUGCCUUUAGUAAAAGUAUUGAUAUUAAAAAUAAAACGUCUCCAUGCCAGAAUGAAAGUGAUAAGUGCCCAGUGUGUGAAAGGUAUAAGGAAUAUGCAAAGUGUAAAAUGAACACGAAUAAGGACCUUUGGAAAAAAGGGAGUUGCGACGAAGACAAAGAUAAUAUAGGGAAGGUGGAUAAAUUGCUCGAUGGAAAGAACAAUGAAAUUCAAACAACUCUAAAUACCAUAUGUCCAAAACCAUCACCCCCACCAAGGGUAGCAAGUGGAUCAGACUGUGACGAAGAGUUGGAUAAAGUAUUAGAGGAAGGUGAAACGAGUGAGUGGUUCACAAAAUUAAACAACACACCGAUUAAGGAGAACGGAGGGUAUUAUGAUUGGGACUGGUGGGAAGCCUUAUCAGCAAUAUGUACAGAUACGAAGGAUGAAUUAGGUAUAGAGUUAGAUGCGGGAGGCCAGGAAUUCUGUAAAUUAUUAAUAAAAAACUUACUAAUGACAACUGAAGGGAAGGAAUUCAAGUGUGAGGAAGAAAUGGAAAGAUCAGCGAAGAAGAAUGAUUGCAUUACAAGAUGUGAUCUUUUCAACCUAUGGCUAAUAUAUGUAAAGAAUAAUUGUAAUAAAGAGGAGAGUGCUAAAUAUGUGUACAAUGCAAUGACUAUUGUACAUAAUAUUCUAAACAGUGGGAAUAACAGUAGGAAAUGCGAAUUAUGGAAAAUUAAAGGUACCUAUAGAAAAGACAAAGAUAUAGUAUAUCUAAUUACUAACAGUCUUAUGUGCAAGGCGAAAAAGAAAGAAUUGGGAGAAAUACAUGGGAAAAAUUGGUGCAAGGAAAAAGAAGGAAGGUAUACUACAGUUGGGAAUGUACCAAUAAUUAUAAGGAAUAAUGUGGAAGGAGCAAGUUCUGAGGUGGGUGCGAGAAUGGAGAAAUCGGAAAAUUUGGAGGAGCAAAUUCAAAGGGAGUUGGAGGAAAUGAAGACGGAGGUAAGAAAAGUAGAGGAUAAGCAUCCACACUUGAAGGAGAAGGUAGAACAGAAGGUUAAGGUAAUUAAGAUGAAGAUGGAGAAGAAACGUAAUCUAGGGCACUCACCCGCAGCAUCAGGACAGAACAAUGUUGCAAAGUCAGCACCUGCACCAAAGGAAGGAGGUAAGUCUGUAACUGUGAAUUGUGAUAACAAAGAAGCUGAUGCUAAUGCAAAUAUUGAAGCAUGCUUCCAGGAACCUAGAAGUCCAUCUGAUACAGGUGAUGAAUUUGAAAAAAUUUCAGCACGUGGAACCUUUUCCAUUACAAAUAAAGCUGCAGAUACUACUAUGACUGAUGCAACUAUUUCUACUACUUCAGUUUCUACCCCUACACACGCUAAUAGUCAAACUCCAAUUACCGGAACAGACACCCAAACUCCUUCUGGACAUACUUCCGGCCCUGGUGCUCAGGCGGGGGCGGGUCCACAUCCAGCAAAGCAUGGACCAUCAACACAAACAUUACCCUCACCUAAGAGUUCUCCAGCAUCAUAUUUUUUCCUGGUCGGUAAAGGAAGAAAACGUCACAGAAGAGCUCAUCACGUAUCUGGUCCUCCAACUUUGGAUGAACCACUCCUUGAUCAUGUGGACGACCAGGAUGAUGGUUCACAUGAAUAUACCUUAGUAAAGGAACGAAGACAACCAAGAUCUGUUUCAACAAAAACAAAGAGGUCAAAAAAACAGGGCGUUGGUCGCCGUGUUGGUCAACGUACCAUUAUUGAUAUUCAUUUAGAAGUCUUAAACGAAUGUCAAAAAAAGGACCUGCAUUCGACGAAGGAAGACUUUUUUGAAAUUUUGGUUCUAGUGUUUAUGGGUUCUGAAUUUAUGAAAGAAGAUUUUGUUCCUAAGGAAGAUGUUCCAAGUUCAGAUUGCGGGUUUAGGGAGGAAGUUUUUGUUCCUGAGGAAAAGGUUCCAUGUUCAGAUUCCGGGUUUAGGGAGCAAUACAUUGUUCCGAUGGAAGAGUUUCCAAGUUCAAAUUCCGGGUUUAGGGAGGAAGACUUUGUUCCUAAGGAGGAAGUUCUUAAGGAAAGUGUUACUGCGGAACAGAUUCCAAGUUCAGAUUCCGGGUUUACUGUGGAAUACAUUCUUCCUAAGGAGCAGGCAAAAAUAUGGGACGAUAUAGGAGAAAUGUUCAAAGAAUUGGUGAACGACCUGAAUAAUUUCGACGAGCCCCCAGAAGUUGUAAGCGUAUGUGCUAAUGUGAAACCUAGGGACGGACAAAUGCUUGGUCAGGCCAAGAACGUAUGUAAGAUAUUAUUGAAAGUAGUAUACUGGAUGAAUGGAAUAGGUAAAUGGGCAAAAAAAAGGAAUGAUCCGCCAGAGGAGGAAGAAAUGAGGAAAUAUUUCAGGUGUAUAGUAGGAAAUGGUGCUAUGGUAGAAAUCCUUAGGAAGAAGUGCGAUGUGAGAGAUAUUAUGGAAAUUGUUGAAGGAACUAAAGAAGGAAUGGUAACUUCAUUUAAAAUGGAGGAUAUCCAUACGAAGUGCAAUUGGGUUGAAUUUAAAGAUAUGAAGUUCGGUGGGAAGUUUAUUGGGACAACAUUAGAAGAGUGGAUGGAAAAACAAAGGAAUUCAGCAACUGUAUUAAGUACAAGAAUAAGUUGGCGCUUGUGCAGUGCAGGAAAGAAGGAACAGAAAACAGUGAACGAGGGGACAGAGCAAAAUAAAAAGAUUAUUCAACUAUUAAAAGAAAAUAAGGCUGAAGAUUUACAGAAGACAGUUGAUCCUAAGAAAGGUUGGUCAAAGGAAGAAAUGGAAAGUAUUAUGCAAGGAAUAGCAGAUGGCAGUAUAACCAAGGAUGAAGAUUUAGAACAAAUAAUAAGGAACGCAGAAUCGUGCCCUAAAGAUAAAAAGAAAGCAGAUUGCAUAAGGGAGAAGAUUGAAGCAUUAAAGUCCUCUAAACAAUCACUAUCUCACACCUCCCCCACUGGAACAGGCCCCUCGUCAUUGGACAAUGAAAUGGACAACUUCUUUCAGAAAAAAUGGAAUGCAAAUAACGAGCAGGUGUAUAGUUUAUUUGAGGAAUUCAACAGGCCAUUAAAUGACGACGAUGAGAAGGAUGGUUUCACAUCUGUUUGCGACCAAAUCGUAGAAAAUGAGGGCGUCGACGGGAAUACCUUACCUAGUUGCUUCUGUAAAAUUCUUAUGAGGAAUUUAGGGAAAAUAACAAAGAAGGAUAGUACCUACACCCAUAAUGGAAUAACGAGGAGGGUGGACGCUAUGAAGCCGAAGGCUCCAUGUCAUCUAUUAAACUUAUGGCUAGUUCUAUAUGGGUCAAAGUAUAAUGUAACUGAGGAGAAUGUUAAAUAUGCAUUCAAAGCAAUAAAUAAUAUAAACGAGAACUUUGUCCAAAAUAAAUAUGAGAAUUGUAUAUAUACAGGGGAAUUUGCAGUGAACGAAAAGGAGGAUGGUACUACUUUCGGGAAUAUUAAUAAAUGGUUCAUGAAUGAGAGCAUUAAAAACAAAAUGUGGGAAAUAAGUGAAGGGAAUGCGUGCAAGAGAAAAGACGCGGAGGAUGACCAGAAUCGUAAGGUUCCAAAGGAAAAAAUGGAAGAAAUUAGUCACAGAUUGAAGGAUAAAGCUAAUGAAGUUACCCGAGAAAUGAGGAAAGUACAGGACAUACUUCUAAAACUAAAGAACGAGGAGUGUAAUAAUAAGAGCCAUAAAGAAAAAAUGGAAGAAAUAUUCCAAACACGCUGGAAAACAGGAAAAAAUGAAGUUAUGGACUUAUUCAGAAUAUUUUCUGAAGAAGUGAAGGAUGAUGGAAGUGGUGACAAUACAUGCAGCGUGAACUAUGCCAUCUGUGAUGGAUUCGUCGACGGAUAUGGCAUCUUCCAGGGGGAAGUGGACAAAAAUUUCUGCAAGGUUCUUAUAAGGAAUCUUAGUAUUGUAACUAUGGGCGACGAAGGAGAGAAAUGCUAUGGUCCACGAAUGAGCAAGUAUCCGGGGAAAGUUAGCAGUAGGGCUAAGUGUGAAAUUUUUAACCUAUGGUUAUCCUUUUACGGGGGGGAACACUGUAUGCGUUUAGCUGAUGUUAUUUAUGCUUUCAUCGCUAUGGAAGAAUUAGGGUCUUCCAUGUCACCGGAUGAAUAUUCUGAGUGUAUAUAUAAAAGACGCUUUAGAACCUUCGAAGGAUGUGAGGAUGAUGGUCUAUACAGUGUAUACAAGUGGCUUAUGAAUGAUGAAAUUAAGGGGAAAAUGGGAAAAAUAGAGAGAAAUUACUCAUGUUCCAAGGAAAAUUGGAGAACUGCAGACAUACAGAAAAGAAUGCAGGAACGGUUGCAGAAUAUGCAACAACAAAGACAAAGCACGUUGAAGAAUAUUGUACAGGAGGCAGACCAGGAGGAUGCAUCUAUUCAGGAAGUGAAGAAAAGAAUUGCAGAGGAGACUGUGAAGCCACCGUCCACCUCUGGACCAAAGAAGAAGAUACCCCUUAGGACGAAAGAAACAGUAACGAAGAAAUUCAAUGAAUUAAAGAAACAGUGGUAUAAGGAGAAGAAUAAAGAUGAAAUGAAACAGGAGGAUCGAGAUGCAUUAGAGAAGGAAAUUACCAGGAUAGUGAAUACUUUCCAUAAGGAAAUGGAUAAAUAUGAUGAGGGCGAGUGGACGAACGAGUGUAAUGUACCUUCUAAGGGCGCAGGACCGUGUGAGAAACAGAACACAGAGUGGUGUAAGUUCAUUUUAGGUAAUGCACGAAGAAUUGAGGAAAUGAAAAAGGAAGGUAAAAAUGAAACUGAGGCGGAUAGGAAGAUGAAAGAAUUUUUAAGGUGUGAAGUACUGAAGACAUGGGUACACUUCUAUACGAAGUUCAGUAAGGAAGGACUGAAAACUGUGGAGCAAGCUCAUAAAAAAAUGGAUGAACUGUGCGAAAAGAACGAUACAAUGGAAGAAUGUAGUAAAUGUAGAUAUGAUCUAUUCGGUGAUCUGAACGUAAAUGGAAAAAGUGUAUAUGGGCUAAUUAUAGAAGAAAUGAAGAAGCAGGGGAGUACGCUAGGAAAAAUGUACAAAGGAAUUGGGGACGAAUCAUGUAGUAAAGCAAGGAAGGAUAGCGAAGGGGCGCAGGAUGUUCAGGAAAUAGUAAACAAAAUUGAAAAGGAGAGUGAAAAAUUGUUGGGUGAAAGUAAGGCACCAGAGCUGAAAGUAGAGAAGUCUGAAGUUAAAAAAACGGACGCCCCUCAACCUGUACCAAAGAAAUCACAGGAGCAAGCAGAAUCUAAGAUUGGGAACAAACAGGAAGUGACAGAAUUACCUCCUAUGAAUGAACUAACUGAGGAAAUGCUUGAUAAAAUCCUUCCUUUGGAGGAUCACCCUUCAAAGCAUAAUUCCUCUGACGGUGAUAUUUACGAACGUGGAGGCACUUGGACUACCACAGGUAAAGCUGCAGACACGACUAUGGUUGAUGCUACCCCUAUUAACACUUUAGGUACACAUACAGGUUUGGGUCCUAAUGUAGGUGAAACGGGUACUGGUAAAACGGACGACCCAUCACCCCCUGAUCCUCCAGAGGAACUUCCGGGAAAAGAGGAACGAGUCCUUUAUAUUUAUGAAGAUAUUAAUGACUCGCGGGACGCAUUCGGUGGAGGUGUCCCAGCUGGUGGUCCAGCCGCUCCCCCCGCAGCAACUGAGACCCAAACAACACAACCUGCUCCUACUGAAGCACAACACCCUUCUGCAGAUGGUGUUCAACAACCUGCUCCUGGUGGAGGUGCUUCAGGAGGUGGUACAGCUAGUGCUCAUUCAGGGAACGCUGGCGGAGCCAACGCUUCCGUUCUUCCGAUUACUGACGAGAUGGUCAACCAUUUUGACCUCCUUAUCCCAUACCUUCCUACCAUUCCCGUCUUCAUUGGUGUUUCUGCUAUGACCUAUCUCCUUUGGAAGUACUUUGGUAAGCUUGGUAAGGGAAGAAAGCGUUAUCCAAGAGCUACUAAAAUCCGUGGUCCACAUCCCUUAGAACAGCAGAUUGUUGACCAUGCGGAUCAAGAUGUUCCAGAAGGAUAUACCUUAGUAAAGGAACGCAAACCUCGUUCUACUCCUAAAAAAAGGAGGAAGAAACGAGGUGCUCGUCGUCGUCGUAGUGCGCGUCGCCGCAUGAUUAUGGAUAUUCAUUUAGAAGUCUUAAACGAAUGUCAAAGAGAAGAUCUGCAUUCGACGAAGGAAGACUUUCUUGAAAUAUUGGUUCAAGAAUUUAUGGUAAAUGAGUUCAUAAAAGGAGAAAAUGUUUCUGAUGCUGAUGUUCCUAAGGAACGCGAUCCAUGUUCAGAUUCCGAGUUUAGGCUGGAAGAAUUUUUUCCUAAGGAAGUUGCCCCUAAGGAACGGGUUCCAUGUUCAGAUUCCGGGUUUAGGGAGGAAACACUUUGUCAGAUAUCCGGUUUAGAGAGGAAGACCUUGUUCCUAAGGAAGAUAUUCCUAAGGAACAGGUCCAAAGAUCAGAUGCCGGGUUUAGGGAGGAAAACUUUGUUCCUAAGGAACAGUUUCCACGCCCAGAUUCCGGGCUUCGGGAAGAAGACUCUUUUCCUAAUGAACGAACUCAAAUUUCAGAUUCCGGUUUUAGGGAAGAACACUCUUUUCCUAAGGAACACAUUCAAUGUUCAAGUUCCGGGUUUAGGCUUGAUGUUCUUAAGGAAUAUGUUCCUACAGAAGUUGUUCCUGAGGAACAGAAUCAAUGUUCAAGUUCCGGAAUUUGACGAAUUAAGGAAGAAAUGGUUGAAGGAAGAAGGGUUUAGUGAUAGUAGCAGGAAGGCGGGAGAGACACAACUAUACCUGAGAAUAAUGCAAUGGGUGAAUGCAUUUGUUCAAGAAAUGAAUGAGGACGAUAGUGAUGAAGUUACUGACGGAAUAUGCCAAACAAUGAAGGAGGAAAGGCAGAAGAUAAAUACGGACAACGAGAAAGAAGUGUGCACCUUCCUUGUUAAGAAUUUGCUAAAAAUAAGAGGAAAUGGAGUCAAAAAAUGUGGAAACGGAACUGCUAAUGAGCUAAUUGAGGAUUAUGUGUAUUGUACAAUAAUGAACUUAUGGGCAGCCACGUAUUUAUCUAAACAUUGCAAUAAGAAGGAGGUUAUACAUACUAUAUUUGAUGAAAUGAAGAGUACGAGCGCAGAACUUAAGGGGCAAGGUAAAUGUAAAGUAUGCGAAUAUAAAGAGUUGAAGCGUAUGAAAAUAGUGGAUGAUCAGCUCAAUCUGCUGCAAAAUAUUCUUGGACUUAUGAAUACGAAUCCGAACGUUAUGGACUUAAUAGGGGAAAAUCAAACACCGAAGGAUAAAUGUCAGGAGAAGGAUGAUCCUCUAAUCAAAUUAGGUCUCCAACAUAAUGGUGGUGCUAUGACUACAAGUGCAGAAAAAACAGAAAACGGUCAACAUCAAGCAGCAGAACAGCAUCCAAGUGCAGCAGCAACACCGCAACCAAAAAUAAUGACCACGCAACAGUUUAAGUUCAUGAGCCAAUUAUUGGAAAGAUGGAUAAGGGCAGGGAAAGUGGGAGAUUUGGACAACUUCGGGACAAAAAUAUGGGGAGAGUUGGAGGCACACUCCCGAGAUAUGAUGUAUAAUAUAGAGGUGGAUGGAGCGGAGGAUGAAGAAAUGUGUUCCAAGUUGGGGAAUAAGAAGGACAUGGAAUAUGAGUUAUGUAAAAUUCUAGCAAGAAUAUUUCUUUGGAUGGAUGGAUUAAAGAAAAAAUAUGAGGCCGGAAAGGUCGAAUGGGAAAAAAGUGAAGAGAAGGACAUAACACAGAAUGAAAAGGACCUACACUCUUAUUAUAGAUGUCUUAUAGGUAAAGUAACUAUGGUAAAAAUGUUAGGGAAGCAUUGUAAAUUAAAGGAAGUUGCUGCAUUCGUUCAUAGUAAGGUGCAGGAUAUAAGGAGAAGUGAGGGUCUUAACGGUGGGAAUCAAUUCUGUAAGGAUGUGGAUUUCGGAAGUUUAAAAUUGGGGAACAGGUUAAUGUGGGAUCCAAUUAAGAAGGGAAUAGAUGAUUUUCAUAUUCCAGACCCACAGGGUGUUGGGUUACCGAAAGUAGAAAAAGGAGAGAGCAAAUUGCACAAAAUAAGUGAGAAGGGACAAGAGAAGAGCAUUUGCCCAGCGGAAGGGGAAUUGGACUCAGCAAUCUUAGAACAAUUAGAAAUAAAAGUCACCACCGCAGGACAGGACAAUGAAGACCUGUCCCUAGAGGAAGAUAAUGAAACGGGGGGGAAUAAUGAGUUGGAGCAUGUAUUAAAUAAAGCGAAGGAGAAAGUGAAGGAAGGAGGGGUCGAUAAGGUUAUAGUAGAAUUAUUGAAGGAAAUAAAUAGAAUAUGGGACGAAAAAUUUCGGAAGGCUCAAGAGAGUCUAGCCAGGAACGACCUUACUGCAACAGGCCAGAGUGAUAAUCUUCCAAAAAUACAACAACCAGAAGAAUCUGCCGGAUCAUCGAAACAAGGGAUCCAACCGGACAAGGGAUGCAACUGGACAAGGGAUCCCCUGGACAAGGGGUCCAAGAGGACAAGGGGUUCAACCGGAGAAGGGGAGGAAGGAAACCGGACAAGAGUGGAAGGAAACCGGACAAGGGGUAAAACAGGACAAGGGGCAACCGGGCAGGCGGAGAAGGAAGCUCACAAGGGGGGAAAGAUCCGGACAGGGGUGAUGAAAUGGACAAACAGUGAACUGGACAAGGGGGUGAACCAGGCAAGGGGAAACCCUCUAAGUAAGGAAUGUAAGGAUGUGGAUGACUUAUGUCAAAGAGCAAAUUGUGUAGCACAUAAUUGGUUUAAUGACAGAAUAACGUCAGGCGGAGAGAGGCGGGACUGGUGUACUUUCUGGAAUAGUGACGUCAAGAAUAAAUUGAAUGAUCUGUCUACGGCUAUGACCCAUCCAGAUACAGGAGACGGAGAUAUAUGCAAAAACAUAGUGCAGGGGAAAGCAGAUGGUACAUCAAAUAAGGAAGCAAACAGAAAAGCUUGUGAAUACAUUGUUAAAGGUUUAAAGCACAUAUAUAAGAUUAAGGAAUCUGGGGGGUGGACGAAAAAAGAGGAUGACAUAAAAAAGAAGAACACCCAACAAUUUGGUCGAACUAUGGCAUGCAUUGCAUUGAAUAUAUAUGCAGAUAAACUGCAGGAGCAGGCUAAGGAUAACAAAUGUGACGUACAGAAAGGCAUAAGUCAUGCCUUCAGUGAAAGUGCAAAAAUUAAGGUGAACACACCUCCAUGUAGCACUGAGGGUAAUGAUUGUUUUGAAUGUAAAAGGGAAGCUAAGUUUAGCAAUUGCACACUAGACGUGGAGGAAGAACUGUUUGAUAAAGAUAAAAGUGAGAAGUGUGGAAUGGGCGAAGAAAGUAACAGAACCCAGAUAGGAACCAAAGUGGAAAAAAUGCUUAAGGCGGAUACCAAAAAUAAGAACGGAAGAGGAAACCGGACAAAGGGGAAAUGGACAAGGUGGAAGGAACCGGACAAGGGGAAGGAUCCGAACAAGGGGAAGGAUCCGAACAACCAGGGUCCAACCGGACAAGGGGGAACUCAACAAGGAGAAUUCUGGGGGGUAUACUGGACAAGGGAAAGGAAUCCGGACAAGGGAGGAAGGAACCCGAAAUGGGGUGAACCGAACAAGGGGGGAAGGAAAGACCGGAGAAGGGGGAGACUGGAAAACGUGGAGACUGGAAAAAGCAGAGAUUGCACCAAGGAUUGUAAAACCUUAUGUGAUCGUGUGCAGUGCAUAGCACAUAAUUGGUUUGAAGACAGAAUAGAUAACAAAGAGGAAAAGAAGACCUGGUGUACAUUUUGGAAUCCGGAUGCCAGAAGUAGACUGAAUGAACUAUCUGGAGGAAUAAUAAAGGAGCGCGGAAACAUGAAUUCACUGUGCCAAACCGCUGAUGGAAAGAACACUACAUGGGGUGAAACAGAAAAAGAGGCCUGCACGCUUAUUACUGCAGGUUUAAAGUACAUUUAUCAACUUCAAGAGAAUACGAAAGUGCCAAACAAGAAGAAAGCAAGGAAUAAUAGACUAACAGAGCAAACCAUGGGUUGUCUAUUCCUAAACGCCUAUGCAGACAAAUUAAUACAGGAACUUAAACGCCCCUGUUAUAUUACAGAAAAAGAAAUAAAGGAUAUGUUUGAAAAAGGGAAUAAGCAGAUUGAUAAAUGGUGUACGGAAGGAAGAGGUAACUGUGUUAAGUGUGAUAGGGAUGCAACUUAUGGAAAGUGUAAAUUGGAUGUGGAGGAUGACCUACAGAAACCAGAUAGUAAUUGCUAUAAGGACAAUGAUACUAUAGAAAAAAAAGUGCAGGAAGUGUUCACGGAGGGGGAAAAAGACAAAAAAAAUAGACCGGACAUAAAGAAAGCUCUGGAUGCUCUAACUACUAUAAAUGAUAUAAAUAAGAACUUAUGUGGUCGUCUAAAGUGUGUAACAACGAAAUGGUUCCCCAGUAGGGAUCGUGAUAUAAACGAUCCGGAUCAGUGGACUGGGAGGGGUGGAUAUUGGGGCGAUUUCGAGAACAGAUUGAAGGAACUGUCUCAAGCUAUGACCAAUGGGAGCACAGCGGACGACCAUGAUCUAUGCAAAGACAUUGGGCAAGGAGGAAAGAAGGAUACACAGCAUGAAGAAGCAAAUAGAAAAGCUUGUGAAUAUAUUGUGAAAGGGUUAAAACAUAUAUAUAAAAUUCCAAAGGGGAAACCCCAGCUUCCGCAGAAUGCUGAAGAUAACCAAAUAUUCGAGCUAACUAUGUCUUGUGUCUUAUUAAAUGCAUACGCAGAUAAAAUAAAGGAUAAGUGUAAAGAAGCAGAGUCGGGCAUACAACAUGCCUUUAAGAAGAAUGCAGAUAUUAAGAAAGAAACUCCAUGCCAAAGUGAUCUUAAUUGUUUUGAAUGUAUAAGACAACCCAAAUUCGAUUGUGAAGUAGGCGACGACAAAAAUAAAAGUAAAGUGAAGGAAAAAUUGGAAGGGCUCUUCAAGCAGACGAAUGGCAAAAAAACAGAGGAAAUGGAGAAAGUUCUGACUGCUAUUGAUAAUAUAUGUCCCGAGGUUACCAAACCUGAAGGGACGGAUGCUGGAGUGGCCAGGAUUGCAGAACCCCCCGCACAUAUACCAGCAGCUCCACAGGGGGGCAAUCAAGCUACAGAUACAGGAAAAACGGAAAGUGCAAGAAGUGAUGGUAAGAGUACGGAUUCCUAUGAGGAUGUUCCCGAUUAUAUUCUUAAUGGUGAUGCGGACGGCGCUACAAUUAGUAGUAUGGGCGAUCCCAAUGAUGAUCUGGAUCCUAAAUACCUGAACGGUAAAUGGUCUGUAACAGAUAAAGGUGCAAACACCACUGUUCUUAAUGCUGCCCCUACUGUUAUUUCAGGUCCAGGUCCUUCAGCUACUACUCCUGCAGAUUCCCAAACUCCAAGCACAGGAACAGACACCCAAACUCCUUCAGGUUCCGCUGCCGGUACCAGUACUAAUUCAACUUCUGCAGGUUCUUCGGGGCCCGGCAGUACUGGAACAUGGAAUCCAGGUCCUUCCGGUUCCGGUAGUUCUACUGUUAAUCAAAACACUGGUAGUCCAAGAACAGGUUCUACUGGUCCCCCUGGUGUAGGUGAUCAAGGUAUUCCAGAUGCUAUUCCUGGUGGUAUCCCAGUAGUACCAGGUGCAGGGGUUCCCGGAGGUGUUAGUCCUUCCCCUGGUCCUGUUCCUGGUCAUGAGCAAGGACAGAGUCCUAGUCCGGGUACGAGCUUAGGAGGAAGUGGUACUAUUCAGAGUCCAAGAACAUCAGGAGUUGGGUCAAGAGGUAAAACUGCUCAAAAAACACCGGAGGCUGUCCCAGUUGUUAACAGAAUAGAUCCUUCCGACCUCCUUACCCCAUACCUUCCUACAAUUCCCGUUCUAAUUGGUACUUCUGUCAUAAGUUAUCUCCUUUGGAAGUAUUUUGCCUUGCCUGGUAAAAGAAGACGUUACAGAAGAGCUCAUGGAGUACGUGGUCCUCCUUCCUUACAAGAAAAAUCCCUUGAACAUAUGAAGCAGGAUGGUCCACAUGAAUAUACCUUAGUAAAAGAACGCAGACAAACAAGAUCUGCACCCAAAGAAGGAAGAACGAAGAGCCCCCAAAAAACUGCUGCUCGUCGUCGUGGUGUCGGUCGCCGCACCAUUAUUGAUAUUCAUUUAGAAGUCUUAAACGAAUGUCAAAGGGAAAACCUGCAUUCGACGAAGGAAGACUUCUUUGAAAUUUUGAUUCAAGAAUUUAUGGGAAGCAAUUUUUUUGAGGAUGAAAAUGUUCCUAAGGGAGAUGUUCCUAUGUUUGAUGUUUCUAAGGAACGGGUUGCAAGUUCAGAUUCCGGGUUUAGGGAAGAAGACAUUGUUCCUAAGGAAGGUGUUCCAAAAGAAGUGGUUCCAAGUUGA